AUGGCGGUGUUUGAGGGAUAUAUCAAGCGUAUUUGGGGCCAUCUUGGGAUUGCGCAAAUUGCUCGUAUGACCAUGGGCUUAACGAUGGUGAAAUUUAAUGAUGAGGCGACUAGGGACCUGGUUUUAGAGAAUGGUGUUCUUCAGUUUGAUAGAAAACCAGUAAUAGUUAGACCGUGGUCCGCUAAUCUUAAUGUGGUGAAGUUAAUCCGUUCAGUUCCGUUAUGGAUUAGGCUUCAUGAUUUAGGUCUGCAAUACUGGGGGAACAAUUGCCUAAGUGCUUUGGUCAGUACUAUUGGGAAGCCAAUUAUGGUGGACCAACAUACUAGGGAUCGCACAAGGAUCCAGUUUGCUCGGGUUUUAGUUGAAAUGGACAUCACGGAUACACCACCAAGAAUGAUUCAAUUUCUAAAUGAAAAUGGUCAGCUGGUGGAACAAGGGAUUGACUACGAAUGGCUACUUGUGAAAUGUAAACAAUGUCUGGGUUAUGGUCAUAUAAUGGCAGACUGUAGGAAGGGGGAUAGUGAGAAGAAAGAGAGGUAUGCAUAG